UUAUUUAAAACACGAAAGACUCUUUAGUCUUUAGUCAUGCACGCCCCCUCCUCGUGCUUCUCCUCCCACUUUCUCCUUACUUAUCUUGCAGUUGGACAACAAUUCAGAAUACGCCGUUGUACCCGAGGAGUUUGAGGGGAUGGAUGGAGAAUUACUUACCGAUUCAGAGCAGCAUUGGGCCAGUGCAUCUGAAUCUGACUGGAUGAAUGAGACAGGAAAAAGGAAAGGCAAACAAGGGGUAAAAAGAAAGAUGAAUCAACAAAUUAGUGACGGAAAGAAAAUAACUAGAAGUAAAAACUCUAGGCAUCCAGACUUAAAGAUGAAUGCUGAAUCGGUUAUGAAGCAGACUAAGCCAGAAUGUGAACUGAAGAAAAACAGCUCAGAAACUGAUUUUAAUGAAGAUGACAGAAGGAAAAUGAGAGGGAAAAUGAAAUGGCAAAGAUCCUCCAAGCAGAGUAACAACAAGAUGCCAUUUUCCCACCACAUAUCCACUGACACAGGAGUAGACCUAACAGGUGUCUUUCAAGAAGUCAGAAAUAAGAAACAACUGGCUGUCCGUUGUGGAAAAAUGGCAGGUUGUCUGUACAGAAUAAAAUAUGACAAUGGAGAGAAGUGUAUUUCAUGUAAAGGGAAAUGGUUUACGCCCAGACAGUUUGAGGAGUUCGGAGGAAAAAAGCAUUACAAGAAAUGGAAGAGUAGCAUCUAUUACAAGCCAUCAAAUGGCCUUCAAGUUAAAUUAUUGAAACUCAUUCAAAAUGGGUGUCUUUCAGAGUUUGGACAACAGAGGGAGUCCGUUAGACAGGUGACGCAGACAGAUAAAGACGGUGCAAACUCAGUGCAAAAUGUAACGAGAACGAGUGAGUUAAUUAACUCUUUAAAAGGUUUUCCAGAGUCCUGGAAAAAACUGUUUACAGAGACUCUGGAAGUACCUGUGCAUAGAAUCGAAGAGAAAACAAUCCAACCGGGCAGUUCUUCAGAUGAGUCUGUAUCUGUUGCUGAAAGAGUCAAAAUGAACAGAAGAGAAUCUGUGAUUUUAGCUAAAACUGUCUGUAAGAAGAUCACAGAACCAGUAGAAUCUACUGCCAGUGCUAGAGAUUUGCCUGCACCUCCCAGUGAUGCUACAGAACCUGCAGUAUCUUCUGUCACAGAGGAGGCCAAUCAGACCACAGAUGAAGCUGCAAGUGAAGCAGCAAAAGCAGCUCAGCUGAACUUCAGUGAUUCUCCCACUGAUGCUACAGAAUCUGCAGAAUCUCCAGUCAUAGAGGAGGCUGAUCAGACCACAGAUGAGCCAGCAGCAGCAGCUCAGCUGAACAUCAGCGUAUCUCCUGCUGAAUUGCAGAACCCUAUUUCUUCUGAAGAGACUGAGAAAACAGGCCAGAAGCUGUUAAUUGGAUUUCUGGCAAACCAGUUUAAUACCAUCAAUAACACCCUGAAAUCAAUUGAUUUGUCUUUGAAGAAGCUGGUGGAAAAACAAAACACACUGCCUCAAUAUAUAAGUCUAACUCCUGCUGUUAUUGAAAAUCCCCAGAUUCACUCCUUAGUCAAGGAGGAGCAAAUCACUGUUUUAAAUCACUGAAGUAGAGUAAAGUUUGACACCGAACAAAUUAGGGGUAGCCCCGAGGAAGCAGAACUGUGGUCUGAGAGGUUAUGAAUAGAUAUCUUUACUAGUUAUUAUUAUACAAUUUUGUUUUUAUCUGCAAUAGUCAAGAAAAUAAACAUCUUUUCGUAAUCUUUUACUGCUUUGAAAAUGUGAAAAUCUCAGUUUUAUUUCAUUUCAGUUUCUUUUGUGUCCCUGUGCAACAAAUACAGGAGGUUAAUGUACCCUAUAUGAAAUCUCUUGAGAAAUCACACAUUUUUCUUGUUUUUUUUUAUUUUUUUCUGUCUUUUUUCACAACCUUCAACAGCGCUUUUGUCUCAGAGUAGCUCUGAACCUGCAUUAGAUCUCAGUUGCAUAAUAUAAAAGGUAAUAUUUAUUGUAUGACUUGUGGGACGUUUCUCACAAACAAACAGCAGGAGGGUAUCAGUCCACUUCAUGCAGUUAGAAAAAGUAAUAUUUGAAUAAUAAUUGAGUGACAAUGAGUCACUUAUAAACUGUGACUUACUGACACCUACUGGCGGUUGUAAUUCCACAUUAAAAGUACCUUUUCAUUUUUUUAAUAAUGUUAAAUAAUUAUGUUAAAAACUUUUUAGAUUAAAAAUAAACUACGUUUAAAA